AUCGAACAUCACUAAUCAUAGUUAGUACACAUCUCUAAAAUGUAGUGAUAAAAAAGUGCGUAUUAUAAACAAAUAAUCUAGUUAAUACGAAUUUUACCCUACCUUGGUUUAUAAUGAUUCAUAACCUCACUUUGUAAAGUCAUUUACUUAAUCUGAAUUGGACAAAGUAAUAAUGUAAUAAUAAUUAAUACAAGAUGACAAAUAAACAAUUAGACGAUUUAUAUUUAAUGGAACAAGAUGUACAAGACUUUAAAUACGAAGUGAUUAACAUCAAAGAAAAUUUAGAAUGGUUAGAAAACAAACACGACUUUGAAUUCUCUUAUGAAGAUUUAUUGAAUUGCAUUAAAAUGGCCCCACCAAAACAAGAUAUCAAUAAUGAAACCGAUUUUGUUGAUGCGAAUCUCUUACAAGAAAUCUUACAGGGAAAAGAAAUCUUUAACGAAUUAAGCCAAAUGACGUUGUGUAAAGCUCGAGCUCGAGCUAAUCCGUUUGAAAAGAUUAAAAAUGUGUUUUUUAUGAACCGGGCUGCUUUAAAAAUGGCUAAUAUCGAUGCGGCGACUAAUUUUAUGUUUACUAACAUCGAUUAUGAUCCAAGACAUAAAAAUCCUUACAGUCCAUAUUUCUUCGCAGAUGUUUGUGCAGGACCUGGUGGUUUCACCGAGUACGUUUUAUGGAGAAAAAAGUGGUGUUUUAAAGGAUUUGGCUUUACAUUGAAAGGACAACAUGAUUUUAAAUUGAACGAAUCUACAUGUAUUUCACCAAAUACAUUUCAAGCGUAUUAUGGGGCGGCAGAAGAUGGGGAUAUUUGUAAUUUAGAUAAUAUUAGGGAUUUUAAAUCGAAAGUUUUUUGUCAAACUGGUGGGUUAGGGGUACAUUUUAUGAUGGCUGAUGGGGGGUUUUCGGUUGAAGGAAACGAGAAUUUACAAGAAGUUUUAUCGAAACAAUUGUAUACGUGUCAAUGUUUGAUGGCCUUAGAAAUAGUGCGCCCCGGGGGCCACUUUGUAACUAAAUUAUUUGAUUUAUUCACAAAGUUUAGUGUGGGACUUUUAUACUUAAUGCACCAAUGUUUUGAAUAUGUUGCAAUUUUGAAACCAAAUUCUUCACGUCCAGCAAACUCAGAACGAUAUUUAAUAGGUAAAUAUUUAAAACAUACAAAAACAACCAGCAUAAUUAAAAAGUACUUAAACAAAAUAGUAUAUGAUCUAUGUGAAAUUAAAAAACAAUCAAUUCCGUUAAUUGACAUUGAAGAAAUUGUAUCCAAUACUAUGUUAAAAGAAAAUGUGUCAUUCUUCAAUUAUAUUUGUAAAUCAAAUAAUUUAAACGGUCUAAAGCAAAGUGUCGCGUUAAAAAAGUUAGCGUUAUUUGGUAGAAAUCCUUCAUUGAUUGAUCCUCGACAAGAAAAAAUACGAGAUAAGUGUUUAGAAUUUUGGAGGAUUCCAAACAAACCACGGAUACCCGAUUCAAAAUUAAAUAUUGAAGAUUUUAUACAAAAUACACUCUCUAAACCAGAAUUUAUGUUAGUAUCGUCCCGAAAAAUUUUAAAUUUCAAUCAAUUAAUUGAAACAAUUAACUUUGAAAACGAAUGGUUUUUUAUUCCGUUAGCUUCUUGUUAUAAAAACGAUUAUUGCCACUUUUACGCUAGCGUAAGUAAUUCAAAAGUUUUCAAGCUACAAAAAAAUAAAUGGGUUAAAACGAAAAAUAUACGUUUAAAUAAAGGUUCGCUGGUUUACGGCGAAUUAGUUAAAGAAGAAUCGAUAUUGGAAAACGACGAAAAAUCAGAACAAAUAAGUCUACAAAUAAUCGAUGCUUUAAGAUUGGAAAAUACGAGUUUGGCCGAUUUACCUUUUCAAGAAAGAUUAGUUUGCAUCAAAACGUUUUGUCAGGCUCUAAAUUUUGAAGGAUGUCCAAAUAAUAUUAGGAUACGAGCAAAAUCUGUUAUCCCAUUAAAAAGUAUCGAUAAAAAUCAAUUGAUCAAUUUUAAUCACAAUACAAAUCGUUACGAAACAUCUUUAGAUGUUUUAGGAUUUAAUUCUAAAGAGGAACACUUUUUUGUAAACUCAAUAUUAUUAAUGAACGGAAAUCAAGGUUAUUCUUUUGAUACAACGUAUGUUUUAAGGGUACAAGUCUUUAUUAAUGAAUCGGAAAAUGAUAAAUCAAUACCGUUUGAAAAAAUUUUAGAUUAUAAACAAAAAUGUAACAAUGUUAGUGGUGACCAAUAAAAUUUGAUAAUAUUUGUA